AUGGCCGAUCAAUUGGCAGCACAGCUGGACAAAACCACAAUAAAAGAGGGCCAAGAUGACGCAAGUUGGAAGACAAGUCUCAAAGCUCCGGUGAAAGAUGGGCGAGAACAGACUGAAGAUGUCACCGCCACCAAGGGCUUGGACUUUGAAGAGUUCUACAUCAAGCGAGAACUCAUGAUGGGUAUCUUUGAGGCCGGUUUCGAGAAACCCUCACCAAUUCAAGAAGAAACGAUCCCGGUAGCUCUCACGGGUCGCGAUGUUUUGGCCCGAGCAAAAAACGGUACAGGCAAGACCGCCGCCUUUGUUAUCCCCACCCUCGAACGAAUCAACCCCAAGAAUCCCAAGACGCAAGCUCUCAUUCUGGUGCCUACCCGUGAGCUGGCUUUGCAGACAUCGCAGGUAUGCAAGACCCUCGGCAAGCAUCUAGGCAUCAAUGUCAUGGUUACUACUGGUGGUACCGGCCUCAAAGACGACAUUAUCCGUCUCGGCGAUGCGGUGCAUAUCAUUGUCGGUACGCCUGGACGUAUCUUGGACCUAAGCAGCAAAGGCGUGGCCGACCUAUCGGAAUGCUCCAUCUUUGUCAUGGACGAGGCUGACAAGCUUCUGUCCCCCGAGUUCACCGUCGUUAUCGAACAGCUCCUCAACUUCCACCCCAAGGAUCGGCAAGUCAUGCUUUUCUCCGCAACAUUCCCUAUCAUCGUCAAGGACUUCAAGGACAAACAUAUGCGUAAUCCCUACGAAAUUAAUCUCAUGGACGAACUGACUCUGCGUGGUAUCACUCAAUACUAUGCUUUCGUGGAAGAAAAGCAAAAGGUCCACUGUCUGAACACUCUCUUCUCCAAGCUGCAAAUCAAUCAGUCUAUUAUCUUCUGCAAUUCGACAAACCGUGUCGAGCUGCUGGCCAAGAAGAUCACAGAACUUGGCUACUCUUGCUUCUAUUCGCAUGCACGCAUGAUGCAGCACCACCGCAACAAAGUCUUCCACGACUUCCGCGCUGGCGUCUCGCGCAACCUUGUCUGCUCCGAUCUUCUGACUCGCGGUAUCGACAUUCAAGCGGUGAAUGUAGUCAUCAAUUUCGACUUCCCCAAGAAUGCCGAGACUUAUCUUCAUCGCAUCGGUCGUUCUGGUCGGUUUGGUCACCUGGGCCUGGCUAUUAACCUGAUCACAUGGGAAGACAGGCUCAAUCUUUACAAGAUCGAGCAAGAGCUGGGCACGGAGAUCCAGCCCAUUCCUCCGUCCAUUGACAAGUCUCUCUAUGUUUAUGAGAACCCUGAGAACAUUCCUCGUCCUAUCCACGCCGCGCCUCCUCCUAGACCGUCGCAGCUCAACGGUCAGAACGGGACACAGCAAGGUCGGCGCAAUUUCAACGGAUACAAUCAAGGCUAUGGUCAGCGCGGCAACUAUAACCAAGGACGAGGUGGUUACCGCGGGCGUGGCGCUCCCCGUGGAGGUCGAGGUGGACAGCAACAGAUCCCACAGAAUGCGGCACCAGUCUCAUAG